CGUACAGUAUCGCAUAAUCUCCAGCAUGUUCAGGAUUUACUCCUGCUGGAAAAUGGCGGCGCGCUGGGGAUGCGACGAAAUUUUGACUGAGACAAUUUGACUGAGACAACAUAAUCAUGACUGGCCAGGUGCUUACAAGCUACUGGAAGUAGAAGUUGUUUUCAGUUAAACAAUGGCGGCCAAGUCUCUGAAGAAACCGAAAGCCAGUCUUGCCCAGGAGUCCGUCAAAGUCAUCGCCGAGUCCAUCGGUGUCUCUCAUCUCCCUGAUGAAGCUGCGCUCGCCCUGGCCGAAGAUGUCACCUUCCGACUCAAGAAUCUCAUCCAGGAAUCGGCAAAGUUUGCUAGACAGAGCAAGAGAAGGAAGAUGUCAACGUCAGACUUUGAUGACGCCCUCAAGGUUGAAAAUGUGGAGCCUUUGUACGGGUUCAAUACGCCCGAGUUUAUACCCUUCCGAUUUGCCAGCGGCGGUGGUCGCGAACUGCAUUUCAUCGAAGAGAAAGAAGUGGAGCUGUCUGAGAUCAUCAGCACACCUUUGCCUAAAGUUCCCCUGGAGGUCAGCCUGAAAGCUCAUUGGUUAAGCAUCGAGGGUAUUCAACCUGCCAUUCCAGAAAAUCCUCCCCCAGUCGGUCGGGAUCUACAGAAAUCAGACGCCACGGAAACCCUGGUGCCCAAGAAGCCCUCCUUCAAGGACCAGGCGGGGGGCAAAUCAGGAGAGGAAGGGGGCAAGCUGGCACCCCCGGGCCUCAAAGGGAAGGGCGCCCUCGUGGCCGAGUCCGUCAAACUCAAGCCUGUGGUCACCCAUGAACUGUCCGUGGAGCAGCAGCUGUACUACAAGGAGAUCACCGAGGCUUGCGUGGGGUCAUCAGAAACAAGAAGAGCGGAGGCCUUGAAUAGUUUGACCAGCGACCCCGGCCUCUACCAGAUGCUACCGCGCUUUAGCACCUUCAUCUCGGAGGGGGUGAAGGUCAACGUGGUGCAGAGCAACCUGGUGCUGCUCAUCUACCUGAUGCGCAUGGUCAAAGCCUUGAUGGACAACUCCACCCUGUACUUGGAGAAAUACCUCCACGAGUUGGUGCCGGCCGUCAUGACAUGCAUCGUCAGCAAGCAGCUCUGCCUACGGCCGGACGUUGAAAACCACUGGGCUCUGCGAGACUUUGCCUCCAGACUCAUGUCCAGCAUUUGCAAGAAGUUCAGCACGACCACCAACAACCUGCAGUUGCGCAUUUCCAAGACAUUCGACCACUGUCUGUGCGACGAGAAGUCCACCAUGGCCGCGGUGUACGGGGCGCUGUCUGGACUGUGCGAGUUGGGAACAGAGAUCCUGAAGAGCAUGGUGCUUUGCAAGUUGACUUCCAUCAGCGAUAGGGUUAGACUGUCUUCUGAGUCCCCCAUCAUCAGCAGUGUAGACAAGAGUGCCAUUGACCACCUCAUGCAGCUCGUUUUGAAACACUGCGCACCCUACCUCAAGCAGACGCGCCCCACGCCGGAUGACCUAGACGCCUACAAAAGCGAGUUUGGCUUUCUGGGCACAGCGCUGUACACGCAGGUAAUCAAGCUGCGAACGCAGCCCGCCUCGUCUGGCACCCAGACUUCAUCCUCCCAGGCCAGGCCGACGCUGAACCUCUCGCAGGGCCGCUCGGUGAGUUUCUCGGGGUUGGGACCGCGCACCCCUACGACCCCCGUCACCCCCCUGGGGGGUCCCCCUCGCACCCCUACCAUCAUCACACGGCCCAGCUUCCAGAGACUGGCCUCCGCUCCGGCCGGCCCCUCCUCCACCGCGGGAUCCGGCCAGCAGAAGAUCGUCUUAGUGACGACGUCCAGCUCCAGAAGUUCCAGCCUGGUCUCCACAAUACAGGCGUCAACAACCAUCGCCUCGCCCCCCUCCGCACCGACAAUAGUCCGCGUGAUCGGCGGACAGAAGCCAGCGACUUCCAAUUACGGGUCAGCCCCGCCGAUAACGUCCACGCAGAAGUUUGUCGUGGUCGCCCCGACGUCUGCCCACCAGCAGCCCCCGGUCAAGGUCAAAGUGGAGGCGCCCAGCGGGGAGGCAGAGUCGCCCGUGCCGGCGGUGGGCGGGUCGGACUCCACCAAGUUGAUGUCGCUGGUGCACGCCGCCAGCAUGCAGUCGCCGCUCAGCACAGAGGCAGACGUGAAGAGCGAGCCGGGCAGCAACGAGAACAACUGAAAGGAUUGGGUACGUGGGGAAACGCAGGAAAACGGACAUUUCUUUCGUCUUGCGAGAACUGUCUACUGUUCGUACGGGCUGCUGAAGUUUGCAGGAAGUCCAGCUAUGGUUGGCAGCAGUUUCUGCCUGAAAAUGCAUAUUUUUCACACAUUUUUGUUAGAAGAAUUUCCCUUUUGAUUUAUAUGCUACAUGAGAUUUUUUCAACACUAUGUACUGUUUUUGUAUUGACAGCCACCCAUAGUUGACAUUUGACUGUAGCAAGGCUUCAGACUUUUGUUGGGGAAGUCGUCCAACCUGCAGCUUCGUCUCUGAAAUUCAGCGUGAGGCUUCAGUCUCGGGGAUUUCCUCGGAGUGUAUAUACGUACCUUUUGAUGCACUUCCGGUUUUAUUCAAAGCCAGAGCUUUGGAACAUUUCCAAUUAAUUAUGGAGAGAGAAAAGGCUGAGAUUACGAAAAAGGUUGGUGUCUCCCGACGCUCACCGGCCUAGUUAGGUGCAGUUUUGUCAAGCACUUGAUCAUGCAUUUGAAAUGUCUGUGCGUAGGCUACCCAGAAUGCUUUGCAUUUCCUUGAAGACAUCACCACUGGACACAAAAGCAUUGGCUAGCUUAACAAAUAUUCCAGUCAGUUCAAUGUCCAAAAGCACAUCCAUUUUUCUUCAAAAGUUAAAUUCUUUCGUUUAUUGCGGAAAAACGUUUUAGAGUGCAUUAUAAUAUAUAAAGGUCAAGGGUUAACAAUAGAAUGUAUGUACAUGGUUUUUUGUUUUCUUUUUUGUUUUUUACAGAAUCAUGUACAAAGCUUUUGACAAAAGCAGUAUCAAACACUUGACUGAUCAAGAUCAUACGACUAACCAAACAUCGUCCUCUCUACAAUGUACAUCUCACACAAUUCUGUACAUAUUCUCUUGCAUGGAGUAUAAGUCUAUAUUAAUGAAGAAUCCAAGAUAAAGACCGGUUUGUUCACGUGUCAGAUUUCCACCAGCCUCAAACAAUGUUCUUCCACAUCGGAACACAUGAGAUCAACGUGUACCCUGGUCAAAUUCCAUUGGAAAACUGAGGUCAACGGUCAAUUAUUUCUGACCGAAACCCCCUUUGCACCCUGAACAGACUACUCGAAAGUUAGACUGUGAGAUCACGCACGCGCGUGACUUAUUUUGUUGUGAAAAUCCUCCAUGUCCUAACUGCUGGAAGGGUGUCGGAAAUAAAUGUAGCCUUUUGUGUAGUCCA